AUGCAACCACCCACCAUGUCCAAGCCACAGACUAUCCACGAUGAAGCGAUGAAACAGCAAAAUGCGAGCAAAUGGAUAGAUAAUAUCGGCAUUGAGCGCGUCCCGUUGACCGAGGAAGACAGCAAGCGAAUCUGUCGCAAGACCGACAAAACCAUUCUACUGGUGCUCGUGUGGGUCUACUUCCUGCAGAUUCUCGACAAGACGGUCCUGGGCUACGGCGCCACGUAUGGUUUGCAGGCAGACACGGGCCUCACGGGCAAUCAAUAUUCACUUGUUGGCUCCAUCUCGCCUAUCGCGCAACUCGCCUGGCAACCCUUUUCGUCAUAUCUCAUUGUCAAGGUUCCACACAAAAUCCUGAUGCCGGCGUUAGUCUUGGGAUGGGGUAUCGCUCAAACAUGCAUGGCUGCAUGCUCCAACUUCAGCUCCCUCAUGGCUGCUCGGUUUUUCCUCGGUCUGUUCGAGGCUGGAUGCCUGCCCCUCUUUGGUGUCAUCACGAGUCAAUGGUAUCGUCGUGCAGAGCAACCGAUCCGAAUCGCUGCCUGGUACAGCACAAACGGCCUGGCCACAAUUGUCGCCGCUGCCCUUUCAUACGGAUUGGGACAGAUCGAGUCGGACGUGCUAAAAUCAUGGCAGAUCAUUUUCCUCGUUGUGGGCCUGAUCACCGUCGCAUCUGCUCCAGUCGUCUACUGGCGCUUGGACAAUGAUAUCUCCACGGCCCGGUUUCUCACCGAGGAUGAGAAAGCUCAAGGACUUGAACGACUCAGAGCUAAUCAGACCGGAACCGGCAAUACCGAGUUCAAAAUCAGUCAUGUCAUCGAGGCUGCUAUGGAACCAAAAACAUAUCUAUGGGUUGGCAUGGCAAUGCUUCUCAACAUUGGUGCCAGUGUGACCAAUAUAUUUGGUCCAUUAAUUCUGAGCGGCCUCGGAUUCGAUAAGUACAAGACAACACUUCUCACCAUGCCCUUUGGCGCCUUACAGUUCAUCAUGAUCCUCCUGGCAAGUUACCUUGCCCAGACCGCUCGCGUGAAAAGUGCUAUUAUCGCAGCUUUCAUGCUACCUGUCAUUGCUGGUCUCUCAAUCUUGUAUGCAUCGGCUCGGAACCAAUCGGUACAGGGUCAGCUGCUUGCUGGUUACUAUCUGCUGUCGUUUUUGUUUGGUGGAAAUCCAUUGGUUGUGACAUGGAUUAUUGGUAAUACGGGUGGCACCACCAAGAAAUCGGUCAUCAUGAGCCUGUACAAUGCAGCAAGCGCGGCUGGAAAUAUCGUUGGCCCUCUGCUCUUCGAUGAGAAGGACAAGCCAGCGUACCACCCCGGCUUGCGUGCCUGUCUCGGCAUUUUCAGUGCUCUCGCUGCUGUGGUCUUGAUCCAGUGGGCCAAUCUGUUUGUUCUAAACAAGCAACAAGCCCGUCUGCGUGUCCGCAAUGGCAAGAAAGCCGAUAUCGUGGACCACUCGAUGCAAAAUCACUAUCGGGAAAUGGAUGAAGACAACCUCGAAGAAGCUGGACAUGAGAAUGUACCAGUUGGUAACAACGCGUUCCAGGACCUGACCGAUCGACAAAAUGAUGAAUUUGUAUAUAUUUAUUAG